CUUUAUUGUUUUUUCAGCGACGCACGAGCAGAACCCCGUCCCCGUACCGAGAGAGAUCCCAGACAGAGGAAAACACAACCCCCGCCGGGCCGGCCGGCGACGCGACAUUGCGAGGAGUCUGAUCGGUCGAGGCGAGAUGGGCAGCGAGCUGUCGAGCCUCCAGAAGCAGCGCGCGCUCUACCACCCCGCGCUCCCGCCCUGCCUCCAGGGCACUACGGUGAAGGUGGAGUACGGCGGCGCGGCGAUCGCCGCGGACAGCGGGGACUCGCAUGUCAUCAGCCAUGCGUUCCCACACACGUACGGCCAGCCGCUGGCGCAUUUCCUACCCAAGACGGCCAAUGUCCCGGACGCUGCCGUCGUAACAGAGCACCCUGUCGUCAGGGUUGGUGUCGUCUUCAGUGGUAGGCAGUCCCCAGGUGGGCACAAUGUUAUAUGGGGACUACAUGAUGCUAUAAAUGCUCACAACCCAAACAGCAAACUUAUCGGUUUUCUUGGUGGAACCGAUGGUUUGUUUGCACAGAAAACUUUGGAAAUCACCAAUGAAGUUAUUUCUUCAUAUAAAAAUCAAGGUGGUUAUGAUAUGCUUGGUCGGACUAGGGAUCAAAUCAGAACAACUGAACAAGUAAAGGCAGCAAUGAAUACUUGCCAAGCUUUGAAGUUGGAUGCUCUUGUAAUAAUUGGAGGUGUCACAUCCAACACAGAUGCUGCUCAGCUUGCUGAGACUUUUGCUGAGUCAAAGUGUUCAACAAAGGUAGUUGGUGUUCCUGUAACUCUGAAUGGUGAUCUUAAGAACCAGUUUGUAGAGACAACUGUUGGUUUUGAUACCAUAUGCAAGGUCAACUCACAGCUCAUCGGUAACGUCUGCACUGAUGCUCUUUCUGCUGAGAAGUAUUACUAUUUCGUUCGCCUGAUGGGGCGGAAAGCAUCUCAUGUGGCCUUGGAAUGUGCUCUUCAAUCACAUCCAAAUAUGGUUUUACUCGGGGAGGAGGUUGCUGCAUCAAAACUUACAAUUUCUGACAUUACAAAGCAGAUAUGUGAUGCUGUCCAGGCAAGGGCUGAAAAAGAUAAAUAUCAUGGUGUUGUACUUAUUCCUGAGGGACUUGUCGAGAGUAUUCCUGAAUUGUACGCUUUGCUUCAGGAAAUUCAUGGGCUACAUGAUAAAGGUGUUUCCAUUGAGAACAUCUCUUCUCAUCUUUCCCCAUGGGCUUCUGCUCUAUUUGACUUCUUGCCUCCAUUUAUCAGGAAACAGCUACUACUCCAUCCAGAAUCUGACGAUUCUGCUCAGCUUUCUCAGAUUGAGACUGAGAAGCUUCUAGCACAGCUAGUUGAGACAGAAAUCAACAAACGUCUGGAUGAAGGCACUUACAAAGGAAAGAAGUUCAAUGCGAUUUGCCACUUUUUUGGGUACCAAGCCAGAGGUGCCCUGCCCUCAAAGUUCGAUUGCGAUUACGCUUAUAUUCUUGGUCAUGUAUCCUAUCACAUCUUAGCUGCUGGCCUGAAUGGUUACAUGGCCACUGUGACAAAUCUUAAGAGUCAUGUGGACAAGUGGAAAUGUGGCGCUGCACCUAUUACGUCUAUGAUGACUGUAAAGGGGUCGCGAGGUCCUGCUGCCAGUCAAAUUGGGAAGCCUGCUGUCCACAUGGCGAGCGUUGACUUGAAAGGAAAGGCAUACGAGUUGUUGAGGCAAAACUCUUCCAGCUUCUUGAUGGAUGACAUCUACAAGAACCCUGGACCACUGCAAUUUGAAGGAGCAGGUGCAGAGGCAAAGCCUAUUUCAUUGUGCGUGGAAGAUAGAGACUACAUGGGGAGGAUCAAACAGUUGCAGGAGUAUUUGGAGAAGGUGAAAAGCAUGGUGAAGCCUGGGUGCUCGCAAGAUGUGCUGAAAGCUGCACUAAGCUCUAUGGCACAUGUGAUGGAGCUGCUGACCAUCAUGUCUUCGCCGUCUUACAACGGUCAGGCAACCAUCUGAGAGGAAAACUCGGAGCAUUGGACAUGCCUGGAAUCUCAUGUGGUUCCACAAACAUAUUUUUCGUAUUUUUGUCGGUCAUAAAAACCGUGAGCUUGAUAGCUAUCUGCUCAUAAUCUGAGAAUUUUAGUGGAGAUUGAUAUGAGUUGGAACAGGAAUAAUUGCCCUCUUUUAAAGAAGAAACAAAAGAGUUAGAGGACAUCCUCAUUUCCUUCA